AUGUCAAUUUGGACUUUUGGUGCUAAUAAUGGUUUAAACAACGUAUUAAGUUCUGGCGGUUUUGGUAGUGGAUUGGGUUACUUACCUGGACUGGGAGGUAGAGAUAUGUAUAAUAUAGAUGCAAAAGUUAGCGAUUGUGCCACAAGUGAUGGCAAUCGCACAGGAAUUUGCGUCCGAACUACUUCCGAGUGCACUAAUCGUGGCGGACGACCAUUAGGUACCUGUUUUGCUACACCACAAUAUGGAUCUAAUCAAGGUUCCAAUUCGGGAUCAAUUAACUCAUUAAACGGUUGGCCACAACAACCAGGAAUUCCAGUCGGAAUUUGUUGUUUUUUCCAGGUCACAUGUGGUGGAACAAUUGUAAACAAUGGCACUUAUUUCCGUAAUCCAAACGCUCCGUCGCCUUACACCGAUUCGAGGGCCUGUUCGGUGACAGUUCAACGAAUCAGACCAGAUAUUUGUCAAAUAAGACUUGAUUUUCUUGUAUUUGAUUUGAGUCGUCCGCGUGAAGGCACCUGUGAUUCGGACAGAUUUGUUGUCAACGGACAGACACAGAAUAAUAUUAUUCCUCCAAUUUGUGGCUAUAAUACUGGACAACACAUUUAUAUCGAUAUGUCUGCGACUAACAGUCCGGUGACUCUUAAUGUCCUAACAAUGGCUAACAGAAAUAGACUUUUCGAUAUAAGAGUCUCUCAAAUUCAUUGCUCCAGUAUUUAUAGAGCACCGCCUAAUUGUCUACAGUAUCACAUUGGUGUCCAGGGCUCUAUUCGCUCAUUUAAUUAUGAUGAACCUACUGUUCCUUCAUUGGGAGGGUAUCUAAAUAAUUUAGAUUAUACUAUUUGCUUUAAAAAAGAGCCUGGAUUUUGCACAGUUACCUAUUCAGUACCUACAGUCUAUGUACACAUAACCGAUCAGAAUCAGCCUCAAGAGGGACCUACAACUAUACCUCCCGGUAGAUACUUUAAUAUAGUUCCCGAUACGGCUACACAAAAUCCAGUCGGCAGUAAUGAGGGCGGAGCCGGACCUUAUGAUUGUCCAUUUGAUUACCUAUUUAUAGCUGGAAGAAGACUAUGUGGAUACAGAUUUAAUGGACAGUUAUACCCACCGACACCAAACCCAAUGACUAACUCUGAAGUUACCGAUAAUAGCACUGGACCUAUAUAUGCUCGCUUUGUUAGCAAUCAUCAAGAAGUAGGAAGAGGUUUUAAUUUAAAUUAUAGGAUGAAUCCAUGUCUUAUUGGAGGAUAA